CAUUUUAUUUAGCAGCACUUAAUCCAUGAUAGUUAAAUAAGUUUCUGUCGUAUAGAACAUGUCAUAUGGAAAAUUGCGAAAAGUUUUGUCAAAGGAAUAUAAUUUUCAUUGUACAAUUUUAUUAGAAAGUCCAUUUAUAGAGACUUCUCGGAGUGGAAAAUAUUUACAAUUCGUAUUGUUAGCUCUUACUCCUGAACAAGUAUUGAUCGCUAUAGAAACUGCACCCAUGGUUUCUAAAUUAAAUGAAAGAGAUGCAAAUAACAAUAAUAUCAAUUUGCAAUAUUUAUAUCCUCUAGAGUUGGUCCAUAUAAAAGUAUUUAAACGCAGUCAUAGACAAACUCUAAAAGUAUGUAUCGAAUCUGGUAAAACCAGAUAUUUCGAACUGGCGGCUAUGAAAAAACGGAAGAUAUUCUGGAAAUUGUGGUGUAAUCAUAUCUCCGGGCUUCCCAUAUCUUCAAAGAUACAAGCUAAUGUCAAAGGUAAAAGUACAAAAGACCAUCAAACGGAUUGCAUCAUUAUUGAAGGAAAGAAGAAAAAAAAUUUUAGAUGGCGCGAUAAAUAUCUUUACUUAGGUUCGAAAAGGGAAACAGAAGAUAAGGUCCGUCCCAUUCCAGUACCAGGUCUUGGUCCCACGGAGGAUAUCAAAUUGUUGUAUCUUAAACCGAAAUAUUUCGGUAGCUGGGAUCAAUCCGAACACUGGGUGCAGUGCGGAAGUAGCGGUUCGACCAUCUUUGACUUCUUUUAAGUAGGUACUUUUUAUA